AUGGCCUUGGCCGAGGAGCCUGCAGUUGCACCCGCGGCACUGGCAUCGCCCAAGCUCAAGAAGGCGCCCACCGCGGUCACGGACACUAGCAGCACCUCAAGCAGCAGCGAUAACGAGAAGAGCGCCAAGCCUUCAGCCGAGUUGCUCCAGAAGGAGCCACUGGUACAGCCAACGCGCCGCUCCCUUCGCGCGGACUCGCUUGGUGUGGACCGCAGCUCCCGUCCGCACUUUAAGGAAGGAAUCCGUCUAGCCGAGAUGGGCAAGUGGGGCACUCUCAUCGACCGCGUGGCGUCCGAUCCGCAGCUCGCGCGCCACAAGGACCACCACGGCAUGCUACCUCUUCACUGGGCUUGUACAGAGGACGAUACUCCACCAAAGUCCGUGCGUGCGCUGCUUGCGGCCUUCCCCGAGGCAGUGAUCACCAAGAACAACGCGCAGUAUCUGCCCAUCCACAUCGCAGUGAAGGCGCGUGCACCCGUGGAAACACUCAAGCUACUGGUCGAAGCACGACCGAGCUCGUUAAUGGAGGAGACCCCUGCGGGCAAGACGGUGAUUCAGCUAGCCAAGGAGAUGCAGCUCCCCCAGGGUGCCCUGGAGAUGCUCCAACGUGCCGAGCAGGACUAUCUGGACCUAAGCGAGGACGACGACGAGGCUUUUGACUACGAGGAUGUCAAGCGUGAGAUCGAAGUGCAAAGCCAACUCCUGCGUGAAAGCAUGCUACACCCACCGUCGAUGAGCGGCCCAAACGCUUCUUUGCCGCCGUCGAACCCCAUCGGCGCCGCGUUCGACCUUGGCGCGUCGCAGAACCCGUUUGAGAACAGUCAGAACAUGGUCACGACGCUCAGCUUUGUGGAUGGCACCCUUGUGCAGUCGCAGUGCAACUUGUCCAAGUCCGUGUCGCUUCCUCGCAAGACGGAGGGACCCACGCAAGUGGUGACGGACACGUUGUCCCCGUCCCCGCCGCCGACGUCGGUGGCCACACAGCCACGUGGCGCGCCCGCACUGGGGCCAGGACGAUCUAAAAGUGCGCGUGAUAUCAAUCAAGCACCAGCGCCCGCAGCUUUCGAGGAGUCUUCUUUCGGACGACCGAUCUAUGAGCCCGACCACAACGCCGGAGUAUGUGGCGUAUGCUACAAGAAAUUCUCCAUGUUCCGCAAGAAGUACCAGUGCAAGGGCUGCUUUACGUAUUUGUGCAAGAAGCACGUGGCUGGGAAGAUUCUGCUGCCGAAUUACUCCAAGAAGCGCUCAGUGUGCGGUGACUGCUACCGGAUUCACCGGAAUGGACCCAUGUCGGCAAACACUGCGUCGGGAGCUACCGGUACGCGCGCCGCACGCGCGUCAGGCAGCCACAUUUCUGGCACUGGUCCUCCCAGUGAUAAGAAGGGCCCGAAUCUACGCACAACGACGUCGCUACCGGCUCCGUCGACGGUGUCUGCACCAUCAACCGUGGCGGAAGCAACCGACACGAUCAGCGCCAACAGCAGCAUGCUGUACAACAACACUCGCCCGAGUAACCCUCUCGGAUCUCGACUUAACAGCGCCCGAACAACGCGUGCUGAUUCUACGCACUCAAUGGUGGGCCGGCCGUCGAACGUCCCUGGUCCGCAGAUGAACCUGCGCUACAGCACUAACACCGCUGGCGCACGGCCUAACCGCGUGCCGAGUGGAGGCCGCACCCACGGUUGCAACACUUCGAUCAGCGACACGACUGUGAGUCUUACGGACAGCGACCACCAGGCUGCUGAUGUGAGCGCUCUACAACAUCGCAUUGCAACGCUGGAGGAGUGCAACAAGAUUCUUAUGACUCGCGUGGCAGACCAGGAGAAACAGUACAACGAGGCCAUGUUACUUCUUACCACGACGAUGACUCGUGUGGCCGAAAUGGAGAUCCGUCUCCCCAAUGAACAACGCAAAUCGUACCGAGGAACGGGAGGCUCCACCACGGCAUCGGAAAGGGCAUCCGAGGUGGAUAACAAUGAAAAAUUCUCCUUCGCGACCCCGUUCAUCGAGAAAUACGACUGAAUGCAAGCAUACGAGUGAAGUAUUAGUAUAGACGUCGCGUGCUUGUAAAGGAACCAGUCCUCUCAACGGACUUUGUUACUACUGACGUAUCGAUAGACACGACAAC